GGCUUUGUUUGUUCUAGGUUCUUCGUUGCAAAGCCACUCUUUACCGCUCCAUUCACCAUGCCCAUCACCCUGUACAGCAUCGUCGGCAGCCCACCCUGCGCCUUCGUCCGUACCCUGGCCAAGAAGCUCGGCGUAGAGCUCCAGCUCAAGAACCUCGAUUUCUUAAAAAAGGAGCACCUCAAAGCAGAAUACCUUAAGAUAAACCCGUUUCACAAGGUGCCUACGCUGGAUGAUUCAGGCUUUAUCGUUUACGAAAGCACUGCCAUAGCUUACUACUUGCUGCGUAAGUACGCCCCCAAGUCUGAACUGUAUCCAGAAUGUGUGAAGCACCGCACUCGCAUCGACCAGGUUCUCGCCGCUGUUACGGCGACAAUCCAACCACACAAGAUGGCCUUUUUUCGACCCCUUAUGAAUGAGAAGAGAAAGCCAACCAGCGAGGAAGUGGCUUCGUUUGAAGAAAAUGUGCUCAAGGGAUUCGAGAACCUCAUUGGCGACGGGAAGUUCGCUGUGGGCGACCAGUUCACACUGGCUGACAUCUGCCUGUUUUCAAGCAUGGUUGGAAUAUUCGAGAUGGGGUUCAUCGACAAGGCCAAGUAUUCGAAGUUGUGCAGUUACUACGAGCGUGUUUUGCCCGAAAUUACUGGUUACGAUGACAUCUAUAAGCCAGUCCUCGCUGCCAUGCAAGAGCACUGGCUUAAGGCGAAGUGAGCCACUAUGCUUGAAAACCAUGAGAUUGCAUUUUUUAGAAAGCCCACUUCAAUAAAAUUGAUUGAUGAUUUGAUUA